GAUCAUGUCUGUGCUGUUUUUCUACAUCAUGAGGUAUAAACAGAUGGACCCGGAGAACCCGAACAAUGACAGAUUCGUCCUCUCCAAGAGUCUGUCGUUUGUUAAUGUGGCAACUGGAUGGCUGGGGGAAGGACUGGGGGUCGCGUGUGGGAUGGCAUAUACUGGCAAGUACUUUGACAAGGCCAGCUACCGGGUGUUCUGCCUCAUUGGAGGUGGCGAGUCCUCGGAAGGCUCCGUCUGGGAGGCCAUGGCCUUUGCUUCCCACCACAGUCUGGACAACCUCGUGGCCAUCUUUGACGUGAAUCGCCUGUACCACAGCGGCACCCUGCCCCUCAAGCACUGCACAGACGUCUUUCAGAAGCGCUGUGAAGCCUUUGGGUGGAAUACUUUCGUGGUGGAUGGCCGCGAUGUGGAGGCACUGUGCCAGGUGUUCCAGCAGGCGGCUCAAGUGAAGAGCAAGCCCACUGCUAUAGUUGCCAAGACCUUCAGGGGCCACGGCAUGCCACAAGUUGAGGAUUCAGAAAAUUGGCAUGAAAGGCCAAUGCCAAAAGAAAGAGUGGAUACAAUUAUCAAACUAAUUGAGAGCCAGAUACAGACCAAGAAGAAGCUUGACCCAAAACCCCCUGUUGAAGACUCGCCUCAAAUCAACAUCGCAGAUAUAGAAAUGAUCUCUCCACCUGCUUACAAUGUUGGUGACAUGAUAGCUACUCGGAAAGCAUGUGGUUUGGCUCUGGCUAAGCUGGGCCAUGCAAAUGACAGAGUCGUUGUGCUGGACGGUGACAGCAAGAACUCCACCUUCUGUGAGGUAUUCAAGAAGGAACACCCUGAGCGCUUCGUUGAGUGUUGUAUUGCUGAGCAAAACAUGGUGAGCGUGGCUCUGGGAUGCGCCACCCGUGGUCGGACUGUUACUUUUGUUUGCACCUUCGCUGCCUUUUUGAGCCGAGCAUUUGAUCAGAUCCGGCUGGGAGCCAUCUCUCAAAGCAAUGUCAACCUCAUUGGGUCCCACUGCGGGGUAUCCAUAGGUGAAGACGGCCCCUCCCAGAUGGCCCUGGAGGAUCUGGCCAUGUUCCGAGCGGUUCCGAACUGCACGAUUUUCUAUCCGAGCGAUGCCAUCUCAACGGAGCACGCCGUGCUCCUGGCGGCCAACACCGAGGGGAUGUGCUACAUUCGGACCAGUCGGCCAGCAACUGCAGUUAUUUACACCGUAUACGAAAACUUUGAGGUUGGACAGGCCAAGGUCGUCCGCAACGGUGUCAACGACAAGCUCACAGUUGUUGGAGCUGGAGUGACCUUGCAUGAAGCCUUAGCAGCCGCCGAUGAUCUUUCUAAGCAAGAAGAUAUUUCUAUCCGCGUCAUCGACCUGUUUACUGUUAAACCCCUGGAUGCAGCCACCAUCAUCUCCAACGCAAAAGCCACAGGUGGCCAGAUUAUCACAGUGGAGGAUCACUCUUCAGAAGGUGGCAUCGGGGAGGCUGUUUGUGCAGCGGUGUCCAUGGAGCCUGACAUCCUGGUCCAUCAGCUGGCAGUGUCAGGAGUGCCUCGGAGCGGAAGGCCGAGUGAGCUGCUCAGUAUGUUUGGAAUCAGUGCCAGACACAUCAUAAUGGCUGUGAAGUGUGUCUUAAUGAAUUAAAAUAGCUGUUGGCUUUGGUCUUAGAAGACUGGCCUCUUUACCUUACAUUUAUGCUUAUUGCCAAACCAUCACUUAAAUCUAUACUGUUGCGCUUUAUUCUUUUUAAAAGCAAAGCCAGUUAACUACUUUCCUGUUAAGCCAUAACUACGUAUACAAGAGUAACUUUCACCUUUGAAUCAUAAAUGUGGGUUACAAGACAAGGUUUUAAGUGACAGAAUAGCUAACAAAACAACCACCUAAUAAAUUUUCUGAUGAGACUACAGAUAACUGGGCUGGGGACCAACAUAAGGUAACAGUUUCUUAAAUGUGUGUCAUAAGUAAAGAAAAUGCGAAUUGAAUUGUAGACUGCAGUUGCCCAGGUUUGGCAGCGCUAUACCCCCAUGCUGCGCACCGCUGUCCCAGCUCAGUCCACCUGCUGCCAUCCUACCUGUAGCCUCCCAGGCACUGUGUCAGCGCAGUUGCCCUGGAACUUCCUCU